AUGGCUUCUACAAAUCCUCAUCGGGAUGAGAAGACGGAGCAUACCGCUGCAGAGAUGGUUGAGACAGUCUCUCAGACCUUGGAAUGUGUAAAUGAAGGCGCUUGGGCUUCGGCAAAAAAGAACCCCAAAGUGAUUCUCUACAGUUUGGCAGCUGGCGUGAGCUCGAUGCUUUGGGGAUUUGACAUUGGCGUCAACUCCAUCAGUGUGUCAUUGCCGGGAUUUAAGAUGGUAUUUGGAUACGAAUAUGAGGGUGAACUCUUGAUUUCAGCCACGUGGAAUGCGCUUUGGACAGCGAUGACAUCGCUUGGAAUGUUGAUCGGAAGUAUCAUUUGUGGUUGGGUGUCGGAUCGCGGUGGUCGAAGACUUGGAUUUCUAGUUGGCUCGGCUCUCUCUUUGCUUGGGGUCGGGCUUGAAUAUGCCGCCAAUGAGCCUGGUAUGCUCCUCGCAGGAAAGAUCCAAUUUACUGGUAUCGCAUUCUACUCACAGGCCUUGUACAUGCUGGGGAUAUCCGGUCUACCUACCGCUCUUACUUUUCAACUGGCGCUAGGUGGUUUCGGUGUGGCCAUGUUGGGAAACAUCAUCUCAUGGUUUAUCAUGAAUUAUGUCGGACGUCGACCGCUGCUUUUGACCGGAAUCUUGCUAAAUGGUCUCUGUUUGAUGUCUGUCGGUAUUGCCGGAUGCUUCACCACCACGGCUGCCCUGUACUAUAUCGGAUACAUGAUGAACUUUGCCCAGCUCUUUUACGCCCCCACUGUUGGAGCUGUGAGUUGGACCAUCAGUGCAGAAGUUAGCUCGGUCAAUGUUCGAGCCAAAACACAAAGUUUGGCGAUUGGAACCAACGCUUUGGUCAGCUGGGCGAUGAAUUUCAUUGCCCCUUAUCUUAUUAACACUGACGAAGCCAACCUAGGAGGCAAGGCUGCGUUCGUAUGGAUGGCACUCUCCUUUAUUAGUCUCGCCUGGGCAUGGUUUGAGGUUCCCGAACUCAAGGGUCGUACUUUUGCUGAACUGGAUGAGAUUUUCGUUCGAAUGACGCCCACAAGAAAGUUCAAGAAAGCAACCGUCGACUCCAGCUCGAACCCUAAAGAUGUUUCAUCUUGA